AUGAAGGCGGUCCUUCCGGGAAAGCCCGAGCCACGGCUGCAGGCCCUCGCAACCGGCUUCUGGGAAUCGCGGCGCGUUAUCAAGAUAUACAUCACCGGAAAUGCCCUGGCCAUCCUCGGUAGCCACGACACGCUGCACCAGACGAUAUACGAUGACGACGAGACGCCACUCGAGGCCGUGGCCUUUGACGAGGUGUCGGGCAACAUUGCUACCUGCACCGACUGCAUUGUUCGUGUCUACCGGCCCAUUGGCCGGCUAGAAGGGUCUCUCCAAUGGGCUCUGCAAAGCGCCUUCGCUCCCAAUGUCCGCGCCUCCGAUGACGCAGAUGGCCGGCUUCCCAUGACGCUGUCGUGGGGAGCCUCUCAGGAGCUGGUGGUCGGACAGGCGGCCCUGGCUCUCUACUGCACCGGCUCGCGGCCAUCAUCGUCGUCGGGCGGUCCUGUAGCCGCGGUGUCGCCUCCCUGCUCGUGGCACAAGCAGCUCGCCAACCCGGUCAAGUGGGCCAGCUGCUCGUACGACUCGGCCUACAUCGCCUGCGCUGGCUACACAGACCGGCUCGUCAAGGUCUGGCGGCGGCUCAGCUUCGACUCGGACAAUCCUCGGUUCGACUACGCAUAUCUGCCACACCCACAGCCCGUCACCGGCUUGCAGUGGCGCAUCCCCUACCACGUCGGCCACACGGUCGACCACAUCCUCUAUACCUUCUGCGCCGACAACAUACUGCGCAUCUGGACGUCGUCCGAGGUGUCCGGCAGUGCCCACCAGCAACUAUCGCUCUGGGGCACCGUCGAUCUCGCAGCCGCCCUCGGCAGCGAGCCCGCGCUGCGGCCCAUCGUCUGGGCGUUUGUCAUCCAGGGCCGCGACCUGUCUGCAGCCACGGAGAAGGCCGUCCAGGAGCGCGACGAGCGCGACAUCAAGACCGACCGCGCUUUGGGGCAUCUGGUGGCCAUCGCCAACCGCAGCUCCGAGAUCUGCCUGGUCCUCGAUGCCCAGGGUACUCUGUCCGCCCUGUCGUUGGAGAACCUAGACUCCAAAGUGCAAAAGACCAACGACGUCUACAACAUCACCCAGCUCGUCUCGCCCAGCCUCGACUUCUCGCCCAAUCUGGGCCUAUCUGCCCCAUCACCCUUAUCUACAGCAACUACGACCGUAACCGCAGCCACAGCCGCAUCACCCCCUACCCACGUCGAGAUUUAUACCUUUUGCAACUCGGGUGGUCAUCUACACAUCCUCAUCCACUACAUGGCUGGAAAGAUCGAAGUAUACGAGGCUGAUAUCGCCUACCUGCUGGACGACACGUCCACCAAGCCACGGCUGUGGCGCAAGGCCAUAUGGACGGGACACUCUGGCGCCAUCAGCAAGAUGGUGCGCAACUUCAGUGGCAGUGCCGUCGUUUCUAGGACCGAUGGCGGGGACGGCAUGGUGUGGCAUCACACGCACGGGAGCAAGGACACGCCGCUAUACCCCCAGUCCAUGCUGCUGUCGGCAGACGGGCCGAUCUUGCGCAUCUGCGUCUUGCGCAAGGGUCGCUUUGUCGUGUUCUUGACUGGCAACAGCAUCACGGCCUGGGACUGCCGCCGCCCUGCCCCAAUUCUGCUCGGCCGCUGUGCCUACGCCAUCUCGGGGAAGCCGCUCUGUCUGCUGGUGCUGCCGCGGGAACACGUGGAAGACGUGUUGGUAGCCCACAUUGCGACCGUCACGUCGGAGAAGCACGGCAUCGUCUGGGAGGUCAGCCUGCCAGAGUAUACGGCCGACCAGCAAAAGGCUAAUGGCGGCUCUGGAGCCCAUGGUGGCCCGUCGGUGGAAGAGUUCUGCCGCUUCGAUCUAGGCGAGAGCGGAGAUCUAGCGUACGUGCUGCCUGUCGACCCGGCAGGAUCCAAUCCGCUGAUAUCGGGGUUCCUGGACGUGUUUGCACGCGAUGUAGCCAUCCUGUACACCAAGUCAGGCGGCGUGGAGUUCUGGACGGCACGCAUCGACUGCCAGCAGAGGCGGGUGGAGUGGCUGCUGACGUCGUCGAUGGAGACGGGCGUGCAGGAGCCAGCGCUCGUCAGCGGCAGCACGCGCAAAAAGGCGGCGCUGGUCAACGCGCGGCGGUCAGCCGUGACGAUCUGGGACAUCCGCAGCGCGCAGCUCGAGUACGACGGCAGCUUCGAAAAGCACGACACGGUGCAGGACCUGGACUGGACAUCGACGCCGGACUCGCAGUUGAUCCUGGCCGUGGGGUUCCCGCACCGCGUGCUGCUGCUGUCGCAGCUGCGCUUCGACUAUCUCAACAAGGGCCCGGCGUGGGCGGCAGUGCGGGAGAUCAGUACGCGCGAACACACGCCGCACCCGAUCGGCGACUCGACUUGGCUGGGGGACGGCGACCUCGUCAUCGGUACGGGCAACCAGCUGCUCGUGCACGACCGACUCUACAGCGUGCCCAGUUCGCUGGCUACUAGCAUGCGACUGCCGCACACGACCAAGGGCCACACGUGGGACCUGUUCGAUGUGGUGCAGCGGCUUAACGGCCCGCUGCCGGUCUUCCACCCCCAGUUCCUCAGUCAGUGCAUGCUGGCCGGGAAGAGCAUCCUCAUGCAGCAGAUCCUGUUGGCCCUGCACAAGAUGCUCAAGUUCUACAUUGCCGGCGACGAUGUCGACGACUACCUCAGCCUGGACGUGACCGAGUUCUACAUGAGAAAGAAGCUGCCCGAGUCCCACGCAGCGGACAGAAAUGCGGCCACGUCCUUCUUCUCGCGCCAGGACGUGCCGGACGAGGACGACGAGGUGUUUACGGAAGAAGUGGCCGCGGCCAUUAGCGAAAAGCUGACCAGCGUGGCCCUGCCGCAGCUGUCGGGUCACGAGCAGAUCCAGCUGGUGGACAUCGUCGAGUGCGUAGGCCUGGUGGAGAAGCAGCGGCGGUCGAUGGACGAGAACGCGGCUCGCUACAUGCUCUUCUUCCGGCAGCAUGUCCUGCGCAAGGGCCGCACCAACGAGAUCCACAUGUCCUGGCGCGAGAUCAACUGGGCCUACCACUCGACGAGCCAGGACAUCCUGGUCGACUUUGUUUCUCGGCAACAUCACGGGUCGGUGCUUUGGAGCGAUGCCCGCGAGAGCGGCAUGUUCAUGUGGCUGGCAGACAACGCAGCAGUGAAAGCACAGUUCGAGCUAGUAGCGCGGAAUGAGUACGCCAAGAGCGAAGUGAAGAACCCGGUCGACUGCAGCCUGUUCUACCUUGCCCUGCGGAAGAAGACGGUACUGCAGGGACUGUGGCGCAUGGCGACGUGGAACCGCGAGCAGGGCUCGACGCUGCGGCUGCUGGCCAACAGCUUUGAUGAGCCCCGGUGGCGAACGGCCGCGCUGAAGAAUGCGUAUGCGCUGAUGAGCAAGCGCCGGUUUGAGUAUGCUGUCGCCUUCUUUCUCCUGGCCGACCGGCUGCAGGACGCUGUUGCCGUCUGCUUUAACCAGCUUCAGGACUUGCAGCUGGCCAUCGCCAUCGCCCGCGUCUACGAGGGCGAUCAUGGCCCGAUUCUGAGCAAGUUUCUGGAGGACGAGGUGCUGCCACUCGCGGCGCAAGAGGGCAACCGCUGGCUGGCAUCAUGGGCGUUUUGGAUGUUGCAUCGCCGGGAUAUGUCGGUGCGAGCGUUGAUUACACCGGUCUACACACUCAUCGAGACGCCGUGCUCGCCGGACCUCAAGUCGAAACUGUUCCUGACCGACGACCCGGCCCUCGUGAUCCUCUACGCACAACUGCGCCAGAAGACGCUGCAAACGCUGCGCGGUGCCUCCAAGGUGACGCCCAAGGUCGAGUGGGAUCUGGUGCUGCAUAGCGCGCGGCUGUACGACCGCAUGGGCUGCGAUCUGCUGGGCCUGGAUCUCGUGCGGAACUGGGAGUUCCUGAGCCCGGCCCCGUCCGAAGCUCUGGGACUGGGUGGCGACAUCAACCCGCUAAAGAUGCUGGGAAGGCGGAGCUCGCUGGUGGUGGCCGACCUGCCAAUGUCGCCCAUCACCGGCGGACUGCACAGCGACGUCAAGACGGGCGGCCGCGCAGCGCCCACGGUGUUCGAGGAGCCAGAUGCCAACUCGCUGUUGGACAGCUUCGGGUUUUGA